AUGAUCUCCUCAAGAGUAGCCACGCGAGGAUCAGUCGCUUCAGGACGCGCCACAGCCCAGCUCCUCAAAGCUUAUAACGCUUCUGCGACACGACCAACAUUCGUGAUUGUCCAGCACGUUCAGCUGGUUCCGGCUAAUCAGCGCCACUUCUCCUCAUCUGAAAGCCCCAAGAUCCAGAAGUUCUUCGAGAAAAAGGAGACGGAGCUGGUUCGAAGAACACCGGCAGCAUGGUCUCAUCAUGAAUUCAGCGAGGAGCAGAUGAAAACAGUGACCGUCGCCCACCGAGAGACCCAAACAAGAUCAGACAAGGCCGCUCUCGUUGCGGUGAAGAUGUUGCGAUGGGGUCUGGAUGUAGCCACAGGCUACAACCCCAAGCAGGGGGCCAUGACUGAGGAGAAGUACAUGAUCAGGAAUGUGUUUCUUGAGAGCGUCGCAGGUGUACCCGGAAUGGUCGCUGGCAUGAUCAGGCAUCUCAACUCUAUGAGACGGAUGAAACGAGACAACGGAUGGAUUGAAACACUGCUCGAAGAAAGCUACAACGAAAGGAUGCAUUUACUCACCUUCCUAAAGAUGAGUAAGCCUGGUCCAUUUAUGCGCCUCAUGGUCCUCGGCGCCCAGGGAGUCUGGUGCAAUGCGUUCUUCUUCGCGUACCUUAUCAGCCCACGUACUGUCCAUCGCUUCGUCGGCUAUCUCGAAGAGGAAGCCGUAUACACCUACACACGUCAAAUCGAAGACCUCGACGCAGGGCGUUUGCCCAAGUGGGAGAAGCUUCAAGCUCCUGACAUUGCGAUUGAUUACUGGAAGAUGCCUGAAGGUCAUCGCACGAUGCGAGAUCUUCUGCUCUACAUCCGUGCAGACGAGAGCAAGCAUCGGGAGGUGAACCACACUCUCGGCAAUCUCAACCAAAAAGAGGACCCCAACCCAUAUGCAAGCGAGUACCGGGACUUGUCGAAGCCGCACCCAAGCAAAGAUCUUGCGCACCCGAAGCCCACCGGCUGGGAGCGACACGAGAUCAUUUGA